CAAAAAGAGAUGAAACUAUUGGAGGUGGAAAUUAUCGUUAUAAACGUAUAAACUAACAUUACACAUUACAUUCUCUUGUCACAUUACGUUCUAUUACAAAUUCUGCUGUCACAGUGACAGUUGUCAUACUCCUCUGAUACGUCUAAAGGUGGGAAACUAUGUAAUGUUAUGUUAAUUUAUAUGCUAAUAACUAUAAUUUUCACCUCCACUAGUUUCAUGGUUUCAUCUCUUUUUGUUUCGCAAUGUAUAUUAUAUAAGUUCUGAGAUAAAAAGAAAUGAAACUAGUGGAGGUAGGAGAUUUAGCGAUAAAUACUUAUAAAUUUACAUUCUACUUAUUAUUUCCCACCUUUAGCCGUAUCGGACGAGUUUGGCAACUGCCACAACAGUUUGCAUACUCCUCUGAUACAUCUAAAGACCGCGUCCCACCAUCCAAUAAUUUGAUCAAACUGGUUUGAGCAAACUGAAAGUGACAGUUAGUGACGUCACAUCCUGAGUGUUCAUUGUGGAUAAUAAUGAAAAAUUUUAAUUUUAAAUAAAGUACAAACAAGUUAGACAACUCAAUACAAAAAAUUUAAUCAAACUAGACUGAUAGUGAGAGCACAGAUUUUUAGAAUUUCAAAAAAACUGCAAUUGUGACGUCACUUUGACGUACUUCCUCAAGUACGUCAAGUUUGCUCAAACUCUUUGAUCAAAUUAUUUGAUGGUGAGACGCGGCCUUAAAGGUGAGAAACAAUAAAUAGAAUGUAAGUUUAAUUAUAUGUUUUAUCGCUGAAUCUACAGUUUUAUCCCAGUGGCGGAUCCAGGGGAGGGCGAUCGCCCCCUGUCAAACCAAGUUAUAUAUUAAGAUUAUAAAAAACAUUAAUUUAUUCAUUUAUGUUUCGUAGACAUUUAGCUAAUCGGCCCCCCUCUUGACGAUGCUGGAUCCGCCACUGCCAUCUCCACUAUUUUCAUUUCUUUUUAUCUCACAACUUAAUAUUUUGGCGUUAUUUUAGGCAUUUUUGCAUAUAAAUAAAUGUUUACAUUGUGUUAAUAAUAGAAUAAAUUGGUUGUGCUUGGUCAUUGCCGUCUUUAUUUGAACAGGCCGUCACCAUCGCUUUAAUUAUUACUAUAAAGAAGGCUGCAUUGAUGCACAGCAUUAUGGGUAUCAACAGAUACAGAAGAAUUAGUAGGUAUAUCCAAAAGAUUUCCACUUGCACUUAUCUAGUAAUAUUAAAGUUUUCUAAAAACUGGAUACGUUUAUAUUAUCAAAUGCCUUUAAAAAUUCUUUUUAUUUGUACAGCAGCGGAUUUUUUAUAUUGACAAUUUAUUAUUGUCCACCAUUUUAUAAUUAUGUAUACAUUAAUAAAUUUAGUACUUUAGUAGUACACCUUCACUCUAAUUAAACAGGGCAGAGUGAGUUAUUUCAUUAAAAAUAUUUCAAACUAGAUAACGUAGAUAACAAAUGUAGGUAUGUCUUUCAAUGUUUGAUGGAUAAACUGUUUCGUAAUUUAAUUUAAUAAAUUUAAAUUUUAAAAAAUUAACUUGACAAUAUGUUUCUGAAUUACCUAAUACUGCUGUUUUCGGCUUCAAAAUAACAAGAUAGAAUAUUUUCAAUUUGUGAACAAAUGCUUAUUUUGAAGUUGUUGGCAAUAACUUGAUAUAUAACAAUGUAUGGUUAAUGUCUUUGAAUCUUCAUUGCGUUUUUUUUUAAUUUCAAUACCACACCUGAAUUUUGGCUCACCACACUAAACUUCACGAGAUAAAAAUAAAUUAGAUUUUCUUUUUGAUGUCACUUCCAUUUCAUCAUUCAGGUUUCACUUACUACAAAAAUCCACUAUCACGUAACUUGAAGCUAUUAGUUUUGUUUUUUGUUGCUGGCUACUUAUAAUCAAUUCAAUCCUUUUCUUGGGACUGUGUUUUUUGGCAAGUACCAUUUUCUUGUUUUGUCAUAUAUUUUUAUAGGCCCUCUAUUCAUUGUUGUCAAAUUUCAAUAUUAUGGUCUUGUGUUACGGGGUUAGGUCACACAUCUACAAAUGUCUAUCUUUGAAUGCUUUGAUAUGACAACUAAACGUUAAUCUAUUCAAAAUAAAUAAAUAACAAAAUAAAAAUAGUGAGAUACCUGACUGAACUACUGAUUAUGAUUUAUUUAAACUAAAAGUGAUCCAUAUAAAUAGUACUAUAGUAGUGGCAGUGUGAACUGGUGAUUUAAAAAGAUAUUCUUUGUUUUUGAAAAAUGACUGAUGAUAUAUUAUACUCAAUGGAAAAUUAUGGUUUAUAUUCCCACCAACUGCAUUUCAAACAAGCUCAACAAAAUUGUUCAUUUUCCCAUAUAUUACCCCAUUUCUCACCAAAUGUAUCACAUAUUCAAAAUAAUUCUAUCAGCUACCAGAAUCAAAUGCACUCAUCAAAAUGGGAGAACAGAACAUCAGAAUUAGAAAAGAACAAAUUUACUGACACAGUGGACAUGGUUGAUAUAAGCAGUAAAGAUUUAAGUCCCUGCAGUAAUAUUGAAUAUUUAGAUCCAGAAAUGUAUAAGGAUACAAAUAAAGACCUGGGUUAUAAUAAAUAUAAUCAGUGUACAUAUGCAUUAAAUAGCAAUAAUCAAAGAAAUUAUGAUUACACUUCUUGUGUCCAAUACGAAAAAUCAGUUAAAUGUUACUCUCAGAAAACAUAUGAUAGUGCAUAUUUAAAAAGCUGCAAUUUUAAUGCUAACGGAAUGGUGCUCAAUAAUGAAACUUUAUUUAAAAAUGGAAACUAUAAAUUUCCAAGUUACGAUAAUUAUGUAGAAUAUAACGGAUAUAACUGCUAUAUGAGUAAUCAAGAAAAUAAUGUACAAGUACAAAGUGACUUUUAUACCACUACAAAUAUACAGCUAGAUCCUGUUUUGCCUUCUAUAGAGAUGGAAGAUUCAAAUGAAGACAGUGACAUUAUUGUAGAAGAAUCAGAAGGUGAAAUGGCAAAUAGUGAAGAUCAGGAUAAACCGUACCAGUCAGUGCAGUUAAAUAAAUGUGUUAUUUGUAAUUUGAUUUGUACUCCAUUUGGAAUCCAAUUUUAUUAUUUGACUUCUAAAAGCCCACUUACAAUGUCUACUCAAGUGCCUGUGAUUAAUAAAAUCGAAAGAAUUUUAGGUAAAAUUCCUACUACUAAACAUUAUGUAUGUAAUGAUUGUUUAGGCUUAAUUAAUACCAUUGAUCACUUACAACUUAAAAUUUUAACAUUCAAUAAUGAACUUGUGUUGAAGUAUAAGAAAACAUGUAUUGAAAAUAAAACCUUUUUUAGAGAAAUUAAAAAAAGGCCACUAAAAAAUAAAAUGAAAUAUAAAUGUAAAAUUUGCAACAAAAUUUUAUGUAUCCAGAAAUAUUCCUUAUAUCACUUAAAUAUGCAUAAGAAACCAUGCAUACUGUGUGAAUACUGUGGAAUAAUGUUUAGAAGUAGGAAGAAAUUUACUGUUCAUAACAGAAAACAUGCAAAGAAAAAUGUAAUGCCAUCACUAUUCAAGUGCAAAAACUGUACAAAAUUGUUUAAAACAAGAUCUCAUCUUAAGUAUCAUGAAAAUGUAUGUUUAGGACUGUUCCCUUUUGAGUGUAAAUUCAAAGAUUGUGACAAAAAAUUUGCUACCAAUACACAACAUAAAAAUCAUGUCAAAUUAAAGCAUGAAAAGAAAUUCAUAGCUAUAUGCUCUAUAUGUAAUAUUGGUUUUGUUAAAAUAUCAGAAUACAAAAAUCAUAAAAUCACACAUAGCACUGACAAGAAGUAUUCAUGUACAAAGUGUAAAAAUAGUUAUAAAAGUCUAUGCAACCUAAAAUUUCAUAUGAAAAUGCAUAAUAAACAGUUUCCGUUCUCGUGUAUGAUUUGCAAAAAAGGAUUCUUAAGAAAAGAAUACUAUGAAACACAUCUUAGUAAACACACUGGGAUAAAAAAAUAUAAAUGUUCAAUAUGCAAUAAGCAAGUGGCCUCUCAAAAGUAUCUUGAUUCCCAUCUUAAAUCACAUGAGUCAAAGAAAGUUUCAUGUAAUAUUUGUGGGAAACUUCUGUUAAAUAGUUUUAAGUUGAAGGACCAUAUUAGAGUUCAUAAUAAUUUAAAAGAGUUUGAAUGUGAUAGUUGCAACAAAAAAUUCAAUACUAGGGAUUCGCUUAGGAAACAUGUGAAAUACAAACAUAUCGAUACUUAAAUACAGUAGUAUUGAUAAUAAUGUAAAGCUUUAUCCAGAACAAAUGAGGCGCUCAGAGCAACAGUGGCCUAACCCACAUCCCACAAUUUUACCAAAACCCUUUUAUUAUGUUUAAGUUAUGCAUUACUUAAGUAUUUUCAGAUGCAGAGUGGCUCAAGCAACCAUUGCUUGAGCUACUCUGCAUCUGAAAAUACUUAAAUAAGGGAUAACUUUAAUGUGAUUAAAGCGUUUUGGUAAAAUUGUAGGAUGUGGGUUAGGCCACUGUUGCUCUGAGCGCCUCAAAUAUAGCAUACAAUAAAUUUUCCUAUUUGUUACUAUUAAAACUCACUUUUUGAUAUGGCUAGGACACAUAGAGAGAAGGAAGAACAACCUACUGAUUAAGAAGGUCACCAGAUGGAAGCCAAAAAUUGAAAGACCAAGAGGAAGGACCAGGUCAUAAGGGACAUCAAAAUCCUGAAAGUGAGAAAUUGGAGGGAAUUAUGCACAUAUCAAAAUAAGUGGAAGAAAAUUGUAACGAAAACCAAGUCAUACAGCAAACUAUGAUAACACGCAAGAAGAAUGCGAAGUGAUUCGAAUCAGAGAGCUCUGAGUAAGAGCGGCAAAAUAUAUUCUAUCAGGAAUGAAACGCCUUGAUGAUGAUGAUAACUCAGUUUUUAUUCAUUAAUUAAAAAAGGAUAUAAAAAUAGUGCUACAACAAUAAACAGUUCUUUAGUCUAAUAAAUAUAGGAUUUUCUUCUCAUCUACAGCCUAUCUUUUUUUUAAUACUAAUUGAAUUGGGGUUUUAAUUAGUUUUUAUGAUGUUAACAUAUAUGCGAAUUUUGAUGUUUGAUGCUUAUCCAUAAUUAUUAUUUUUCAAUUUUUAAGGUCAUUAGAGCGUAUAUCGGGUGUACCUAUGAAACUGUGAUUUUUUCUCAAAGCUCACGUCAUCCUGCGGAAUAUUCUAGCGUUUAUAAAAUACUGAAAUUAAAAUCCAACUACAGCCAGGGCUGGAUUUACAUAUGGGCUAUAGCUGAGGACGGCAAAUUUUGAUAACAAAGUAAAAAAUAGCAGGGGGGGGGUCAAAUUGUAGAUAGCCCAGGGGCGACAAAUCUUCAAAUCCACCUCUGACUAUAGCCUCAUGUGUCCUAACAUUCUGUUUUUUUAUUCAUUUGCUUAUGUUGAAUAAUACAAAAGUUGGGUACUUUAACAAUUAGCCUUGUUUUUCAUCAAUACAGGAUGUUUUUAAAUAAGUAUGGCAAACUUUAAGGAGUAAUUCUGCAUGAAAAAUAAUGACAGUUUGCUUAGAAACGUAUGUCUGCAAAUGCUUCGAUUCCGAGAUAGGGGGUGUUGAAAUUUUUCUUACAAACUGAUGAUUUAUUUAUUGCUCUAAAACCGGUUGAUAUAGCAAAUGAAAUUUGGUGAGUUUUAAGAGUUGGUUAUUGUGCAUUUUUGACAUACAAUUAAGAAUUUUAUGUUCACCAUUGGCGCACAUAAGGGUCAUAUUACCUGUAUGCGCACCAGUGGUUAAUAUUAAAUUCCUAAUUGCAUAUCAAAAACGUGCAAUAACUACCUCUUAAAACCCACCAAAUUUCAUUUGUAUAUCUUAACCGGUUUGAGAGCCAUAAAUAAAACGUCAGUUUGUAAGAAAAAAUUUAACAUCCCGUAUCUCGGAAACGAAGCAUUUGCGGACAUACGUUUACAAAGCCAACUCACUAUUUUCUCAUGCAGAAUUAUCCCUUAAAGUUUGCCAUACUUAUUUAAAACUACCCAGUAUUGAUGAAAAACAAGGCUAGUUCUUAAAGUACCUAACUUUUUUAUUAUCUAACAUAAGCGAAUGAAUAAAUAAAAACGGAAUGUUACGAAAUAUGAGGCUAUAGAAUAUUUCACAGGGUGACGUGAAGUUUGAGAAAAAAUCACAGUUUGAUUGUCCACUCGGUAUACAAUGACAAUUUACCUGUCUAGCAACAAUAUUAUUACAGCGAUAUUGUUAAAGAAUAAGGCGAUAACAUGUAAAAAAAUCACUUAAAUCGGACAACAGGUUUAGGAAAUUCAAGCCUUUAAAACUGACCAAUUUUUACAGUAGUGCGUUAAUUUCUUGGAUAAGUGCAUUAUAUCUCCAGUUCAGUUUCUGUUUUUGGAUAUGUCGAUAUGAUAGUCGAUUCUAUCUAUAAUCUUUGGAAGUUCUGACUGUUUGCAAAGAUCACUGUACUGUCAACAUUUCGUAUGUUAUUUAUUUAUUUCCUAUUUACCUAGAAUACUUAAUGCUCCUUCAAAAUUUUUUUUCAGAACAAUAGAGGUAACAGAGAGUGCAUCCUUGUCUUGCCCUUCUUUUAAUUGAGUAGGUAUAAUAUGAAUUUUAUUCAAGAGUAAGAAAUAGUUAUUUAUGAAACAGUUCGUCAAGUAUGCUUUUUGCGAACGCACGCGUGUUUAGAGCACGAGCGAUAGCGGCGUGAGUGCUAUACAUCGCGUAAGUUCGCAAAAAGUACUUCACGCACAGUUUCAUACAAUAUGUUAUCUACGAUAAACAAAUAAAAAAAAACUAACUGUUCGUCACUGGAAUUCAUUUCUAUUCUACAAUUGUUAGACCUUUGACAUUUAAAAAUUCUAACUUCUUUCAAACCACAAAACUGUCAAAAUUUUUGUUGUAAUUUAUUGCUCAAAUGUCAUCACCAUGACAACGCGAGUUAAGGAUAUUUGAUUAUAACGACAGAGAUAGCUAUACAGUACAUGUCUAUUCUUUAUUCAGAUAUACCUACUUUCCAGUUUACCUCACCUAUGCAGUGUACAAUCCGACAAACUAUAGCUGGCGGGUGACCUUGAGCGAAAAUACACGAGUAAUACACAAUAAGAGAAGGUCUCGCUUGUCGGAUUGUACGUCAACUUAACAAGAAAAGUUAGGUUAUGUAGAGAUGUUGAUGGUGGACAUAUAUGUACAGCAUAUUGUUUGAUUUUAUUUAUUAUUGUUACUUAUAAUUUUGUGAAUGCUUUUUAUUUUUGAUUAAAGUUCUGUGUUAAAGGUUU